CCAGCGCAGCCUAUCUGAUUUGUGCAGCUGUAUAUACUGCCGUACGAGCUCGUACGUGAGCUCGUACGCGAGGCUAUACAAAUCAGCAUAGCUAUACAGCCUCUCCAUUUUACAGUGCAUCCUGCCCGAUUUGUGCAACUGUAUAUACAGCUCGUACGUGAGGCUGUACGUAAGGUUAUACAGGCUAUACAAAUCGGAAAGGAUGCGCCGUAAAACGGAGAGGCUGUAUAGCCAUGUCGAUUCGUAUAGCCUCACGUAUAGUCUCACGUACGAGCUCACAUACGGCAGAGAUGCAUGUGCAGAUAGACAUAAGGGUGAAUGUUCGGCGGCCUCCUGCCGGACCUCCGAGCCAAUCAGAAGCGGUAAAGUAGGGGGUGUAUGAUUAUUCGAAAGGGGGUGUACGAUUAUUCGUUAGGGGGUGUACGAUUAGCCCUCCCCA